AUGUUUAGAUCAGGAAUAACUUUAUCCAGGAAGAAGAUAGUAACAUCUAUAACUGAUAAUAACACAAAACCGUCGUUAAAAGUUUACUAUCUUCAAGAAUUUGCCAAAUCUAGGAUUUCGGGAGUAGACAAUGCGUUGCGUAAAGAUGGAUUAAAGUACAACAACUACCUAUUAUACGAACCUGAAAUAGCAAAUGAACAGAAAAAAUUGGUUUCUGAUGUGAAUGAAUCUAUCAGAGAUUUAUCACCCGCUCAACUUCUCGCUACAGCAAUUGCGUAUAGUCGUUUGAGAAACGUAGGUAAACCCGAAUGGAAACGUCUGUGUUCUGCCGUGAGUAAACACGCAUAUGCUCCGAGCUCUAAUAUAACUGGAAUAUCUUCUAGUGAAGUGUCAAUGAUACUUUAUUGUUAUGCUACAACAUUUACACAUCAACUACCAGCAACAUUUAGGCUAUUGAGGUGGGUAGUAAGAGAAGUAGGAUCAUUAAAUGAACGAGAUGUCUCGAUGAUAUUGUAUUAUAUGAGACGUACAAAAUGUAUUCCUACAGAUUUGACGAAUGAAAAUCAUGUUGCAUAUGCGAAGAUAUUGCGUUCUAUUACUUUGGGUUUGUCCCAUAUAGGUGGGAAUAAAUUAAAAAGAUACACUCCAAAUGGUUUAGUUGCAGUUGUAUAUAAUUUUGCUACUAUCGGAAUGAUCCCUUGGUCACUUGUCUAUCACGCGUGUAAUUUGAUACGCAAGUCUACCUCAAAACUUAACAUUAAGGCUAUUUCAUUACACUCAAGAUCACUUGCAUUACUUAUGUUAAGAGACAACAAAACUUUGGAAUCUUUUGCUAUGCUGGCAAAUUCUGCUAAAGUAUUGCCUGUUCCCUCGAUUUCUUGCCUUCUUCAUUCUUUUGCUAAACUCAAAUUUCGACCAAAAUCGGACAUAACAUCUAUAUUAUCCCAAAUAACAAAAUCUAUAUUUUCUUUUCAAGAUCAGAAUGUAGCACAAAUAGUAUAUGCUCUAGGUCAGUUAGGUUUACACUGUAGGGACGUUUUUGAAAGUAUUUCAACGUUUAUACAGUCUCGUAUUGAAUAUCAAUCGCCUCAGCAUUUAGCAAUGUUUAUGCAAGGUUAUGCUAGAGUUGGCAUUUAUGAUAAAGAAACUGUAAAGGUCAUUAUGAAUCAUUCAAUGGAAUUGCUUACCGGAUUUACUCUAUCGCAGCUUGUAUCACUAAUGGAUGGAGCACUGAUUUUGGGACAUUUUGAACAGGAUAAAUUUACAAGAUUUUUAACUCGAUUUACUUCUAUACGAUCAGACAACAUUCCCGAUCACAUCCUAAAUCAAUUAAAUCGCAUAAUGUAUUGUAUACGUUUGGAGCACCAAAGCUUUGUCACUACUUCGGAAUAUUUCAUGCAAAACCUUAUAAAUCAAUAUCAGGGAGCGUUCAUGAUCAAGCCGUUACAAUCAUACAAUCAGGCUUUAUAUGAGUGCUUGAAGGAAACAGAUAGCGAAUAUGUUUUAAACAAAAAAAUUGGGCUCUACAAUGUUGAUGUGCUUUUACAAAAUAAUACAUCUGUGGAACUUUUGUCACAGGGAUCUGUUUGUCCGCUGACUGGAAGUGCAUUAGGAGCAGUACAACUCAAAAAACGACAUAUAGAACUACUUGGAUAUAAGCAUAUACAAAUAAACAGGAGAGAAUGGUUUGAAUAUUUGUGUAUUGUGAAAUACAAAUGCUAUAGGCUCAAGAAAAAUCUAACCGAUCGAAAAAAUUCGAUACUCAAGUGCUUAGAUGAAUAG